AUCAACGAGAAGGAGAAGCUGGGGCUGGACUUCCCCAACCUGCCUUAUUUCAUCGACGGCCCCACCAAGCUGACGCAGAGCAACGCCAUCCUGCGCUACAUCGCCCGCAAGCACAAGAUGUGUGGUGAGACAGAGGAGGAGAUCCUCCGCGUGGACAUGCUGGAGAACCAGAUCAUGGAUUUCCGCAUGAGCCUGGUGAUGGUCUGCUACAACCCCGACUUCGAGAAGCUCAAGCCAGGCUACCUGGAGCAGCUGCCGGGGAAGCUGAAGCUCUUCUCCAACUUCUUGGGGGACAGAAAGUGGUUUGCAGGGGAGAAGCUCACCUUCGUGGACUUCCUCAUGUUUGAUGUGCUGGAACAGAACCGCAUCUUUGAGCCCAAGUGCCUGGAGCCCUUCAAGAACCUCAAGGACUUCAUGGACCGCUUUGGGGUGAGUGGG